GCAUCAUCAUCCAUAUGUUCCAUGUAUCUUUGAGAAGUAUACUCAAAGCUUGUAAUCUGUUUCUUUUUUAUUUUCCUGGGUUCUAUCAAAAACAGAGGAUAAGCUUUCUCAAGCUCUCUUUUUUCUUAUAUACAUUCAUCAUAUAUACAUACAUCACAUAAUACAUAAGCAUCAUCAUCAUCAUCAUCCGUAUGUUCUAUGUAUGUAUGUAUGUAUUUUCAGAAGUACCCAAAGCUUGUAAGCUCUCUCAAGCUCUCUUUUUUUCUUAUAUAAAUUCAUCAUACAUAACAUACAUAAGCAUACCUACAUGUUCUAUGUUUGUAGAAUCAAACAUUUACAUUUUUUUAGAAGUACCGAAAGCUUGUACUCUGUUUUUUUUUCCUACUUGGGCUCUAUUCAAAACAGAAAAUAAGUUCUGCUUCUUCCUCUUUUACACAUACAUACAUACAUACAUACAUAAGCAUCAUCAUUCAUCCACUUAUGUAUGUAUUUUAAAGUACCCAAACAUGUAAAAUUUUUUUUUUUGGGGGGUUAUGAAUAUACACACACACAUAUAUAUAUAUAUAUAUAUAUAUAGCAGGUUAGUCGAGGGAGAGGGAGACCACCCAAGACCAAAUUGUUUAGGAAAAAAGUUCCAGCAAUGACUGUGAACCAAAUAGUCUCUUAUGAAAAGGAGAAGGCUCAAUGUAAUAAACGGAAGAGAGCUACAUACGAUGAAGUGUACGAAAAUGGCCAAACCAAAUUGGCUGUAAUGGAACGAGCAUUGGAUAUUCAAGCUAAUCUAUCAUCUGAGUUCCCUAGCAUGAUCAAAUACAUGCUUCCAUCACAUGUAACCGGAGGAUUUUGGCUGGGUCUUCCGAAGCACUUCUGCUUGAAUCAUUUGCCGAAGGAAGAUCGAAUGAUGGUCUUGGAAGAUGAAGAAGGGAAAGAGUUUCAAGUUAAAUAUUUAGUGGAAAAGAUUGGUCUUAGUGGUGGAUGGAGAGGGUUCUCCAUUGCUCAUAAAUUAUUGGAAGGAGAUGUAUGUGUGUUUCAUUUAGUGAGACCCUCCAAAUUUAAGGUGUAUAUUGUGAGAAAAAAAUGUUCAGAUGAAGUAGAUGUUGCUCUUGGCCUUCUAAAGUUAGAAUCUUCCACUCAAUUAGUUGACAAUGGGAAAGAACUAAAGAUAUGUGAAAUUUCGGUAGGAAAAACAGAAGAUAGAAAUGCCCCCAUUCUCUAUAGUUCUAACAUUGAACGAACUGUGGAUCAAUCCAAGAAUAACAGGGUUGAUCUCGGCUCUGAAGUUUCGGACGGAGUCAGGCUUUCAGAUUCCAUUGUUAAUUUUAGAGAAGUGAAGAGUUUCGAGGAUUUUAACAUUCUUGUUAAUGGUUUAGUCAUAGAUUCCGAGUUUUCAAAGUACUUGCAGAUGAAGUACUACGAGCUUUGUUGUAAUCAAAACUCAUUCCUUCACGAAAAUCUUCUCGAGGGACUUAACUGUAAACUGGUUGCCGGAGUCAUUGCCGAGACGAUCAAUAUUGCGGAUGCCAUUAGAGCUGCCAAGCUUACAACUCCCCACGACAGUUUCCUCACUUGGGACAAAACUUUGAGAUCAUUUGAGGGGUUAGGCAUGAAAGUGGGCUUCUUACGUGCUCGGUUGGACAAGUUGAUGAACCUCUUGACGAAGUCAAGGAGGUACAAAGAAGUUAAACUCGAACAAGCCAACUCAAAUGAGGAAAAGCUGAAACUCGAAGCAAAGCUAGCGGAAGUAACCCAUACACUGACUAAACUUGAUAGAGAGAUAAGGUUAUUCAAGCAAGAGAAAGCUGAUGAUCUCGAGGCUCUGUUUCGAGAAGUGGCCAAUGGGCCUUGGUGACACUUGCCACUCAAUAGCUUUUGUAAUGGAAACUAGUCCAUUAGUGAUGGGGAGUUUUUUGCAUAUAUCUCAAGCACAAGAGAUAGUAUUUUGUGAAGAAGAAAGUGUACAAGUGUAUAAAACUUGGGUUUUGGAGAAUAUCGGGUUAGGACCCCCCCUUCAUUACUUUUCUAUCUACUAUUUUUCGAUAUAACUUUUAGUUCCGAAUACACA